UAAGACUGGCGCCAUCGCUUCAUCAUGGUGUACUACAGUUGAAAUUAUUUUGAAAGAAAAUCCAUUAAAAGGCAGUGCGUUGGUAGUGGCCUUAAGUUCUGCAUUGGAGGGUAGUGCUUCGCAAUGGCUAUCCCAACGCCGAUAUAACCUGGCUCGAAUUCAAGGAAAUAUUUAUACAACGCUUUGACACAAAGGAAACACCAGCCGCAAUGUUUUUAAAUAUGCUGACAAAGCGACCGACUGAUGGCGAAUGUCUCGCAACUCAUGCAAGCCGUAUGGUCACAGAACUUACAACGAAGUGGCGUGAAAUGGAAACAGAAGAAAUCGCUGUAUCUGUGACUCUUGCAUUGCUGGCAAGCUUUGAUAACCGACUGCAGCGUUUAACUUUCACAUCGAAUGUUCAAUCCAGAGGAGAUUUACAGUCCGAAUUAAAAGCGUUCACUUUUAAUAAAAGGAAAAGCGGCUUUGUGGAGCAACAAACUGAGGCUCAUCCGAAACGACAAAAGCCAUUAUCGAUGGAGUGUCAUUUUUGCGGAAAAUUUGGACAUAAGAUGUUUGAAUGCAGACUCCGGAAACAACAACAGCCUGCAAGUAAUAAUGAACGACAUGACCGAUACGAUGAACAUCAACGUGGAAAACCAAAUGUAACGUGCUACAAGUGCGGAGAGUGCGGACAAUGUACGCAGAAGGAAUCUGAUAAGAAGACAUUCAUCCGGGAAAAGCGAGUGGAGCAGUGCAGCGUUGCAGUACCUAAGGGAUAUAUGUAUGAACCAUAAAGGCAAAAUUUUUGAAGUCACCUUUGAUUCCGGAGCAGAAUGUUCACUGAUGAAAGAAAAGAUAAGUACCACAUUUUCUGGUAAAAGAUUGAAUAAUAUUGUUAUGUUAAAAGGCAUAGGCAGUAA